AUGGCCUUUGCAUGCAUGGGACCUGAGGCCUCAUUUUUCGAGGCCUUGGACCAGCACAGGGCUUCCCUGCUGGCCGCCCUGAGGAGAGGCGGCGGGGAGUCCCCUGGCGGGGGCACCCACCUUCCCUCUAGUUCUGAAGUUCUUGCAUCUAUAGAAAAUAUUAUCCAAGACAUAAUCACAAGCUUGGCAAGAAACGAAGCACCUGCAUUCACAAUAGAGAACAGAUCAAGCUGGGAAAAUAUAAAGUUUGAAGAUUCUGUGGGUCUUCAGAUGGUAUCUCAUUGUACCACAAGAAAAAUCAAAAGUGAUUCACCAAAAUCGGUUCAAAAAUUUGCUCUAAUUCUUAAAAUAUUGUCCAUGAUUUAUAAAUUAGUACAGAACAACACUUAUGCAACCAAAAGAGACAUAUAUUAUACUGACAGCCAACUCUUCGGUAACCAGACCAUUGUGGACAAUAUAAUCAAUGACAUUUCUUGUAUGUUAAAAGUGCCAAGGAGGAGUCUACAUAUAUUAUCUAUGUCAAAAGGUUUAAUAGCAGGCAACUUAAACUAUAUUGAAGAAGACGGCACAAAAGUGAAUUGUACCUGCAGGGCCACGGCUGUUGCUGUGCCAUCUAAUAUUCAAGGAAUUAGGAAUUUAAUUUCAGAUGCGAAAUUUCUAUUAAUUGUAGAAAAAGAUGCGACAUUUCAGCGACUCCUAGAUGAUGACUUUUGCAAAAAAAUGCCUCCAUGCAUCAUGGUCACGGGAAAGGGAGUACCUGAUCUGAACACAAGACUUCUAGUCAAGAAGCUAUGGGAUACAUUUCACAUUCCUAUCUUCACUCUUGUAGAUGCUGAUCCACAUGGCAUAGAAAUCAUGUGCAUCUAUAAGUAUGGAUCUAUGUCUAUGUCUUUCGAAGCUCAUAAUCUCACAGUUCCAGCUAUUAGAUGGCUUGGUCUCCUCCCUUCUGAUAUUAAAAGGUUAAAUGUACCGAGAGAGUCUUUAAUUCCACUAACAAAACGGGAUGAAAUGAAACUUGACAGUAUUCUGAAGAGACCUUAUGUUACCUGCCAGCCACUUUGGAGAAAAGAAAUGGAAAUAAUGGCAGACUCUAAAAUGAAAGCAGAAAUUCAAGCUUUGACUUUCAUAUCAUCCGAUUAUCUUUCCAGAGUGUAUUUACCUAACAAAAUAAAAUUUGGAGGAUGGAUAUAA